AUGGCUACGUCUAUUCAUCCCACUUGCCUUGGCCAUUCAUCGUUCGUGGUUACUCUAUAUUUGCUAACAGGUACAGAAGAACUUAGAGGCGCCAGCGAAGAACUCCACACGGUGUACAGUCGCAUAAUUCUCCGGGUCUCCUGGUAUCACGACUCUGACGUACUCGAGUGCAGAGCUGAGGCCAACUCGAGUGUGUAUGCUGGAGUAGGUGGCACACAACACCGAGGUUCAAGCGACCAGGGCCAACCCGAAACGGAAAGUGGACCUCGGGCAAAGGUGCAGCUAAGUGUCCAGUUCCCACCCAACUUUGCGCGAAUUGGUUUUCAACUCAACUGGCCGGAAGUUAACUGGGAAAAUGUUACCAGCCUGGCGAAUAGUCCGUUGCCACAUUACAUCAUCACUGAGGGCAAGUUCACACAAUACUUUGAAAUUUACAAACCUGAACGAUUUCCUGUUUACUGA